CCAUUCUCCGUAAGACAAAAAAUUCUGAGUGAGUCCUCUAUAAGUGAUUGGCCUAACCAAAUUUUCUACGAGCGGAAAACAAGAGGAGAGGGUUUGCAACACAAAAUCUUCACAGGUUGCGAGAUCGAGUCUCCAGUAGGCGCUCCUCGCAACUUUAUCUCUUGCUGUGAACUAUUAUAAUAUUGUUAUCAAUGGCAGCUAUUCCCCCUCCACAGCAGCAACAGGCUCAGCAGCAACAACAGCAGCAAGGUGAACCACAGAUGGCACCUUGGAUGAACGGGCCAAACGCAUUAGCUACUCCAUCAGUCUCUGGGCAUCCUUCUGGUCCUCAAGCUCACAUGGCAGGGAACCCUUCAUCAUCUGGACCACUGCCACCUCGACCCCCUGGUAUGAUAUCUUCAGGGCCUCAGAACUUUGGACCUCCGAUGCCAGUGCAACAGUUUAGACCAGGAGUAGCUCCACAGUCGAACCAGCAAUUUAUGAAUCCAGGUAGCCAACAGUUUCGGCCUGUAGCACAAGGCAUGCCACCACCAAACAUGUCUGUCCAACCACAGCCUGUUCAAUAUCCUCCACAGAUGCAGCAUAUGCCUCCACGCCCAGGGCAGCAACAUCAGGUGCCACCGUCAUCACAGGCUCCACCUAUGUCAUAUCUUCAGCAACCAAGGCCAAUGGUAACUGGGCCUUCUCAGUCCCAGCAAUCUCAGCAAUCAUCUCAGCCUGUGAAUAUGCCACCUCCACCAGGUUUGGGGGGCAUGGGAAUGCCACCAUCAUCAUCCUAUACGUUUGCUACAUCCUCUCCGUAUGGACAACCGCCAAAUUCAUUCAAUGCUAAUCCAGCCUAUCAACCUGUUUCUCAACCGCAACAUAUGCCAAUGGUGAAUCCUGGAACUCAGCAAUGGGGAUCUGCAGGUCAAAAUAGUGCUGUGCCACAAGCAGUACAAACAAACCAACAGGCAAUUUCUGCUUCUGGGGCUCCUGGACAACCUUUGAAUUCUAAUUCACAAAGUUCUUCUGAGUGGCAAGAACAUACUGCUGGAGAUGGAAGGAGAUACUAUUACAAUAAACGGACAAGGCAGUCUAGUUGGGAGAAACCUUUAGAAUUGAUGACACCAAUUGAGCGGGCAGAUGCAUCCACUGUCUGGAAAGAAUUCACGACCCCAGAAGGAAGAAAGUAUUAUUACAAUAAGGUUACAAAACAGUCCAAGUGGACAAUUCCAGAUGAUCUAAGGAUUGCUCGAGAGCAGGCAGAGAAAGCGGCAAAUCCAGUCACAAACUCUGAAGGAUCAUUAUCUAUGGCUCCGUCACCUGUUCCGGUUGCAGUAGUUUCUUCUCCAGCAAAAGCAUCUCCAAAUAUGUCUGUUGCCAGCGUCACUGUUACUCCCACGGUUUUAGCUCCAACAGGGCCUUCAACUGUUUCUGCAUCAGUUAUGCCUCUUAUGCCAACAAAUCCAGCUACUUUAAUGCCUUCUGUCAUUCCCACUGUUCCCACCUUGAUUGGAGCUGUCUCACCUGCUUUGGCUGCAUCUGUUCCUACAGCUACUCCGGCAGCUGUUAUCAUGCCAACAAUCACCGUGGCUUCAGCAUCCAUUACCAGUCCACCUCCUUCAGUUCCAUCAAAUACUGUUGUUCCUGUAACUACAGCACUGGCUGCAUCUACUGCAGUGCCUGUCGUCACUGUGGAAACUACCACUGCUACAAUUGACACAACAAUGUCAAAUAUUGGUGAUUCAAAGGAAGGAGGAACGGAUGAGACUUCUGCACAGGAUCAGGAGGAGGCUAAAAAGGCGACGGCAGUAACCGGAAAGGUUAAUGUAACUCCUUUAUCAGAAGAAAAAGCUGUUGAUGAGGAGCCUUUGACUUAUGCAAACAAAACAGAGGCAAAGAAUGCUUUUAAGGAACUUCUUGAGUCUGCCCAUGUUGAAUCUGAUUGGACGUGGGAGCAGGCUAUGCGGAUAAUCAUCAAUGAUAAGCGAUAUGGAGCUCUCAAAACCCUUGGGGAGCGAAAACAAGCGUUCAAUGAAUAUUUGGCCCAGCGUAAGAAGCAUGAGGCUGAAGAACGACGUAUACGGCAAAAAAGAGCUCGGGAAGAUUUUAUCAUUAUGUUGGAGGAGAGUAAGGAACUGACAUCGGCAACACGAUGGAGCAAGGCUGUCACUAUAUUUGAGAGUGAUGCAAGGUUUCAUGCAGUAGACCGAGGAAGAGAUAGAGAGGAGCUCUUUGAGGGCUAUCUACUUGAGUUGGAGAGAAAGGAACGGGAGAAGGCACGUGAGGAGCGAAAAAAGAAUAUUAUUGAGUAUAGGGCCUUUUUGGAGUCUUGCGAUUUCAUAAAGGCAAAUACUCAAUGGAGAAAAGUUCAAGAUAGGCUGGAGGAUGAUGAGAGAUGCUCAAGACUGGAUAAAAUUGACCGGUUGGAGAUUUUCCAGGAGUAUAUACGUGAUUUGGAGAAGGAAGAAGAAGAAGAACGAAAGAUUCAAAAGGAACAAUUGCGUCGAAAGGAACGUAAAAAUCGGGAUGAAUUUCGAAGGUUAAUGGAGGACCAUAAGGCCAGUGGCCUGCUUGCAGCAAAGACACACUGGCGUGAUUACUGUGCCAAGGUCAAGGACCAUCCUGCUUAUCUAGCUGUGGCCUCAAACACAUCUGGUUCGACGCCCAAGGAUUUGUUUGAAGAUGUUGCAGAAGAGAUGGAAAAGCAGUACCAGGAGGACAAAGCAAAUAUAAAAGAUGCUUUGAAGGCAGGAAAGUUCACAGUAACAUCAACAUGGACUCUUGACAAGUUCAAAGCCUCCAUUGGUGAAGUAUAUGAUUUGGCUGCUGCAUCGGAAACAAAUCUCAAGCUUGUGUUUGAAGAAGUGCUUGAACGGACAAGGGAAAAGGAAGAGAAAGAAGCAAAAAAGAGGCAAAGGCUGGCAGACGAUUUCACAGAUUUGCUUUAUUCUGUGAAGGAAAUCGUUGCUUCCUCAAAAUGGGAGGAUUGCAUACCUUUGCUUGAAGAUGCCCAAGAGUACAGGGCAAUUAGUGAUGAAAGCUUCCGUCGGGAGUUAUUUGAUGAGUAUGUUGCACACCUUCAAGAAAAGGUUAAGGAAAAGGAACGCAAACGAGAUGAAGAAAAGGCAAAAAAAGAGAAAGAGAAGGAGGAGAAAGAAAAGGAGAGGGAGAAAAGAAAGGAAAAAGAGAGGGAAAAGAGAGAGGAAAAAGAACGGGAAAAAAGAGAGAAGGAUAAAGAACGCGACCGUGAGAAGGGCAAGGAUAGGUCUAGAAAGGACAGAGAUUCUGCAAGUGAUAUUGUUGAUGUGGUAAGCAGUCAUGCACAGAAGGAGGAGCGGAAAAAGGACAAAGAAAGAGAAAAGGAAAAGGACAGGAAACAUAAGAAACGCCAUGCAAGUACUACUGAGGAUGUCAGCUCUGGAAAAGAAGAGAGAGAAGAGUCCAAAAAAUCUCGUAAGCACACUAGUGACAGAAAGAAGUCUUCUCGAAAGCAUGGAUACGAAUCUGGAUCAGAUAGUGAAACUAGGCAUAAGCGUCAUCGGAGAGAUCGGGAUGGAUCACGUAAGAAUGGUGCAUUAGAGGAGCUUGAGGAUGGAGAAGUCGGAGAGGAUGGUGAAAUUCGUGCCUGAAUUGUUACGUGGGAUUAUACGAUAUGUUAUAUUCUGUAUUUGGUAAGUUGGCUGCAAUCUACUUGUUGGCUGGUUUAAUUAUGUUGUGGAAUGAGUUAUGUUGAGAUUGAUCAUCUAUCAAAAUCAGUUAGAUGAUAAAAGGAUUAUGUAUCUUCUAAAUUGUCUGUUCAAUGCAAAAUUCUAACAGAAAAAUAUAUAUUUUAUGCUAUUACUAUUACAUUUGUAUUUAGAACAUUAAAGAGAUUUUUGUGUACAUGUUAUUUUAUAGUAUGGAUUUGCAUCUUUAUUUAAUGCAACUAUUCAGUUUCUUAUCCCUGUAUUUAUAUUGGAUUGAGAUUUGUCCUUUUUGAGUGUUAAUACUAGUAGAACUUAAUUCAUCAUAAAGCAGCCCUGUCAAAAUAGGGACGAGACAACAUUUGAGUACGAGCUAGAAAUCAAUGGAGCAAACUCGCGUUAUUUAGAGAUGCCUACAUUAUCAGUUCUCACCUGAGUUCAGGUAAGCAUGUCAUUAGCAUAGAAACUACAAUAACUCAUCUGCUAUACUAACUAUUUCUCGAAAACAACUUAUAUAUUAUUUCUGUUGUAUUAUUUUCAUUGGCGGUUGACUGAUGGUAUCAUAUUUCAAUUUUGUUAUCAAUUUUCUAUGUACAAAUUUGUUAGUUUGGAUUUAUAUGUAUAAAUAUGUUUUCUCAUGAUUGUUGUAGUAAUUACUGACAUUACAACAAUUAGCCGUAUUUACUAAUUUAAUUUUUACAAAUCCAAGUAAUACUAUCCAGGAUUGGAUUCCUGAAGUAUCCCCAAAGAUGAAAAUGGUAGGGAAUGAGUUCAAGAAGGUAUUUAGUGGCAUUAAGUUGGUUAUACACAAUUUCUAAGCAUUGCUUUUCUGUGCCCAAAAUUUGGCUUAUAUUCUCUUAGACAUUUUGUGGAUCCAAAUAUCAAUGAGGUUGACAUUAAUGUUAUGUAGAACCAAGUGAGGUAUGUUUCAGAUCAUGGAGCUGCCAGUGCAGCUCUAGAGUUAGUGUGUGGCUUCUGGUGAACCUGGGAAUUAAAAGCUUACAUUUCAUGGCAAGCCUGGGACCGUUGGAAUAUAGCACAUCUGAAGGUUAUAACUUUUGCACUGAUGUACAACUGUGACAGUAGAAAUUUUCUACUGGUUAUGCUUCCUAGAAUUGAAUAGAAUUUCAGUAUUCUUUGA